AUGCACUUACGAUCCGAGGGCCACACUUGCUGUAUCUUGCACGACGAUGUCCAAGUUGUCAUUCACUGUGCGCAGGGCGAGCGACAAAUUCAAACUUUCAGUGCUCCUUCGUCACCUCUCCGGUACCGCCAGCUCCGAGUCUGCUUCUGGCCUCCUCGUACUUUCAGCUCCCGAGAGGAUUCAGACGAUGAAGAAGAGCCUAGCGGGAUAGUGUUCGUUAAUUGUGGGCGUAAAGACGAGUCAGACUAUAGCGAUGAUCAUGAUGAAGAUGACCGUCUCGAGGACGAGCUUAUCACUUCUUUCAACAAGUUCGGUGCACAGCGGUGCGUCUCUUUCCGUUCUUUCCAACAUUUCUACAGCUCACAAAAGGCACAUGUGCUACUUAUAUCAUCUAGUCGAAAUCCUGACCGGCGGGAGGCAGCACGAUUCAUCCCUGACUCUGAAAAAGAGAAUAUAGGUGCAGACCUGUCAGGUAUCCAAUUCGGCAACAAGAAAGUUCAAUUCAAUACAAGCACGACGUCUAUAGAGACAAAUAUUACAGUAGAAGAACAUGCGAAGGUAGACAUGGUAGAAGAGACAGACGACCAAAAUGCCCUUCGUGUGCUGCUGGCUGAGGAUAUGGACUCGGCUUCCCACGUCGAUACUAUUCUCGUUCCUCCCAGUGAAACCGAUACCGUCCAGCAAGACGUCGCUGAUAUUCCGGAUGUUGCUACUAUCGAUGACUAUGCGCGUGUGCCAAUUACUGCGUUUGGAGCUGCUAUGCUCCGCGGCAUGGGUUGGGUGGACGGUGGGGCUGUUACAAGCUCAGAAAGAGCGAAAGAUAAUGCGCUGGUGGAGCCUUGCCUACCGAAAUCACGCCCUGCACUCUUGGGUAUUGGAGCAAAGGAGCAGGAGGUGCUGGAUUACGGCAGUGAGAAACGGCGAGGAGACGAUAAGUGGUAUAUCCCGCUUGUGAGACAGGAGAUCAGUAGGCAGGAAAGCAGGAAUGGGGGUGCGACUGUUUCGAGGAGGGCUUCACGGUCACCUGAGAGAAGGAACGGAGCGGGGAGCAGUAGGAGGGAUGAUAACGUGAUUUUAAGAGAGAAAGUGAUCGCGAUAGGCGACCAGAACGCGACCGUGACGAUCGAGGAGACAUACCAAGAUGACAGGAGAAGAAGUGACAGUAGUGAAAGGGACAGGGACUUGGACCGGAGGGGCCGAGAUCGCGAUGUUGAUAAACGUCAUGACAGAGUCCGUGACUAUGACGACCGCCAUCGACGCAGAGACUGGGACUCUACUAUACCUGUGAGCAGGUCUCGCACGUAGAUGUAUUUGACGUACGCGAGGAUGAGCGUGCUGUUGUACUCGCCUGUGAUUGAGUGUGUGAUAUUAUGGAUUUGUAGAGCUGUUGGGAGGCGGUGUAGUUCCCGAGCGGACUUGGCAGUUAAUGAAAUGACCUUGCACUCCAUGCGAAAAGGGGCC